CUUCCAGAUCGAGAUUAUCCAGAUAUCAUAAAACCAGAAAGUAUUCAGUCUUUUUUCGCUGGUGAAAAUAUAAGUUUUUCCUGCGAAGUUAAAGAAUGGGUCCCACCAAUAACAGUCAAGUGGCUGAAGAACAACAUGAUUCUCAAGGAGACAAAAAGUCAACUAGAUGUAGUCCGCCGUCUUGAUUUUCCUGAGCUGGACUUGCAUGACACUGGAAAAUACACUUGCGAAGCAAGCGAUCAUCUCGUAAUCAAGAAACACACUUUCUUCGUCAAUGUUUCAUGUAAGCAUAUACAGUGCGAAUUCUAUAACGGGGGCCACUUACACAAAGUUGACCAGUGGGAUUACAGGAAAAUAACAAUUCAUUCCGAGAGAGUUGGUUGUGGCCAAUUAGCAGCUCGUAAACAAGGACAACAAUAAAAAAAACAAUCUUUCCUCUAAGCACAACAUUUAAAUGUUGAUGUAGCAAACGUUUUUUCACGAAACCAAAUCUUUCGCCAGACAAUGUUUUUAUUUUAGAAACUUUGCAUACAACACCUUGGAGACAAAUUUGUUUGACACAGGCUGUUAUUUUUUCAUCUACCAGCAAUUUCUUCGCUACGAUUGCCGUGUUUUGCAAUAACAUGCGACUUCGAGACAAAAAUAUAGCUAACGUUUGUGUUUUUCGCCUCCGUCAUUCACUCUAACGGACCUUUCAGGAAACAGAGCGGCUUCAAAAGGUCAUGUCUGCGGGUUGUAAUUGGUUGAUUUCGAUCCAUUAUGUUUAUCAUUGACUACUAGCUUUCUCGGAAUGUAUUGUUAUUUCCCUGUAAUCCGCCGAUUGGUCAACUUUGUCUUUGUGUCCCCGGUUGUAAUAGUCACUCUGUAAUAGUUUUGGUCUCAUAACAUGUGAAACAUCGCAAUUGCUACUUCACAGUCCAUUGAUCAUUCGCUUGAAUGUGAGCAUUCUUACGAAGAAAUAUGGGGUCAUAGGCGAGACAGUGGAUGUCAUUUCUAUGGUGUUGGGACUUUGUAAAUUAUUAUUCCUAAUGAUCUUCCGCUUAUCAUUCAAGCUCGUCCCCAGGGCGUUUUUCCCUGGCUUUGGAGGUCGGCCCCACCUUAUUGCUUAUCAUUGUGAUCACUUUGUUACCACAAUUGUACUAUUAAUCCUAAUCCUAUCUUUUUAGGGUGAGUUACUUUUCUUUUUAUUUAGUUAUUAUAGUAAAUUUCAGAUGUAACGCGCACUCUGAUUGGUUGAAAAAGCAUGUUUUAUGAGAGUAGAAAACACGGAAAAAAAGCUGUCACGCCAUCUGUGAAUCACCCCAUGCGGUGGUUUUCAAGACCAAAGGUUCGCAUUUCAGGGUUAAUAGUACACCGUAAAAAGACACAAAUGGAAAGGAAAAGUUCAAAGGAAUUCUCAGUUUUCUUUUUGUAGGCAAGAAAAGCUUUUGGUUGCGAAAUCGUCCUUCGAGGAAUUCAGCGAUGUUUUCUUCACGGUGGUUAAGUGCGAGAUUUGUGUUCCUUUAUAUAAGCAGAGAGAAAUUUCGAAGUUAAUGAAAAAUGGUUAACUGCGAGAUUUGUAUCAGUAUAUACCUAGCCGAAUUUUUGAAAACAUACCUCAAAUUGGCCCAGAAUAUUCGCACAGGAACCUGGCGAUAGCCGGGUUUCUGGUCCCUGAGGUGAGAAUAAACAUAGGGGGUUUGCUGUCCUGGUUGGUUUCAUUGUCAAGCUCAGUCCCCGAGCUAGCCCGCCAUGGGUUGGGAAGGGGCCUCCAUGUCAAUCCCUAGGGGGGAGAGUGCUGCAAAGGCGUUGUACUGUCCGUUAGUCUUGCUCUGGGAGAGUCAGUGCACUCGUCAUAUCUGCCUUUAGUUUGUCGUGUCAAAUUCUUGUAAUAUUUGAGGCCCAUUGGCGAAUGAAAGCAUUCCCCUCAAGCACGUGCUAGGCUGGGGUGGGGUGGGGGAGGAAGUCAGGGGCAUGAUGUGGCCUCGAAUUCUCUGCCUAGAACUUGCUUAAGUCUCAAGCAUCCUCGGUCAUGUAGAGCCUUCAAGCAGCUAGAAUGUAUGGCCAAGUCUAGAGUGUCUUUUUGGUGGACUUGAAUGUUACUUUGCUAAUCAGUAACCAAGAAGAGAGUCAUCUUAAGAGAACCAUGGGUAAGAGCUCAGUUUCUUGGCAAUAUUUGCUUUAGUUGAGUCAGUUUUUAAAAGGUGUGUGGCCUUCAUAAAUUCAGAUAGAUAUAUAUGCACAGUAUUUUUUUUUUUUAAUAAUUUUACUUUUUACUGAGAUAAGUAAUUGCAAAACUUUGUCGUCUAUCUGUAGAGAUUUUGAUAAAUGCAAAUUUUGCACUUAAGUAUCUCUACAGAGACAAACAAAAAUUCUCAAAUAAACGACUCUGUAUUAUACAGAGACAAAUUUCGCAAUAGCCUGCGUGCAGACGAUAACUAAACUUUGAUUAGUUAACCAGAGUUUAAUUCGUCUGCGCGCAGGCUAACUUCGCAACUAAUUAAUUGCUAAUUUUUUUACU